CCUCCAUUAGGAAAAACUUGAGCCUCGCGGCUUCCCAAGAAAACCAUAGCAACCUCCUAUUGUAAUCAACCAAAGAAGCCAAUGAAGCAUCUUUCACGCUUCAUCUCUUUUGCCAUGAAAUGUAUUUUUAUCACUAUCGUUUUCCAUAUCCUUUUUCAUUCAACCGGGGUCAGGAUCGGGGCCUCCAGGCCUAUUAAACACCCUCUUUCUCCUGAAUUCAACAGGAUGAAGAGUACUACGGGAGCAUCUGGUCCCAGCUGCCGAGGAGGAGGUCACUGCCCACUGAUUGGCUGAAAGUCUUCCCAUUAUGUUCAUGUCAUCAUCAUCAUCUUAGAGUCAUUGCUAGCUGUUUGUGGCUUUAUAGUAUAAUAGUCAAUAAGCAAAUUAUGGGGUUUGAGUUUUUUCUAGUAUUUUAGAACUAGCUAGCUAGUUGGCUGGCUUGCCAUAGUGGAAGAUCAGUAAGAAAGGAGGUUUUGAAAGAGCAUGUGAUCAAUAGUAGUAGCUCUUUUAUAGGUUGUCUUGUGAUAUAUUUCACCACCUUUCUUCCAUAUUGAUAUGAUAUUGGUCUAAUCUACUCUUGUCUCCAUUUGUGUUUAAUAUUGUAUUAAGUAUGGUUGUCAGACCUCAUCUAUGAGAUAAGGUCUUUCUUAUGUAUGUAGAUGCCGUAUGCUUGAUAUUAUGAAUAAAUUUUAGUUUAUAAA